AUGCAGGGUGAACUACUCGGGUGUGUGCAGUCUGGCGAUGGGUCGCCUUGCUUACGUCCGAGUGGCAUACCCCCUUUUGUCGAAAUGUACAAACAAUUGCAACGGAACGAUCAGACCUUGGCCCUAAUCCUGGAAACGAUUUUGAAAGGUGUGCGUGAAAUCGUGAACGAGAACGGCGUAUGCGCUGGUAACAUCACUCGCACCGUACUGGAAUCGUCCAUUACUAACGCCCUGUCACUGGUCAGUCAAUCGUUUGGACAGUUCAUUGUCCCCACUACCACACACAAUGUCCCUCCCACUGUCAGGCUUGCCCUUCCACCGCAUCCCACCGAAAUCGACGCCAUCGAUGCUUUUGCUGCUACAUCCGGCUUGUUCAACGUCAUCAGCGGUGAAACAACGUCGAAACGUCUUCGUCGGGACUGCCAGCUCAAGGUUACUACAAUGGUGCGUCUCGUGCGUCAGCAGGAUGCGACGAAGUACAGUCGCCCAUUUAAGAAACGAAAGCUUACCUCACCUAAGGAACCACCAGCACUGGGGCGGUCGUUGCUACUUUGA